AUGCAUUCCUCCGUUGAUUUAAAAAAGUACAAAUUCAUUCUAACAGAAAAGGAAAAUGAUAUUUUUAAAAUCACAAUUAAUAAAGUUAGAACAUUAAAUUCAUUGUGUUUUGAAUCAUUAAGAGAAAUAUCUGAUGCUGUUAGAACUUCUAAUGAAUGCAAAGAUACAAAAUAUACUGUUAUAACAGCAAAUGGUAAAUAUUUUUGUGCUGGUAUGGAUUUUAAACAAUAUUUUGAAUGGAAAACUGAAGGUAUUAUUGCAAAUCAAGAAAGUAUGAAGAAAGAUUUUGCUGAAUUUGUUAAUUGUUUCCUGUACCAUGAUAAACCAUUAAUAGGUGCAUUAAAUGGUCCUUCUAUAGGUGGUGGAGUAGCAAUGGUAACCUAUUUUGAUUAUACAAUAGCUUCAGAGGAUACAUCUAUUGUACUACCAUUUACUAAAUUUGGUUUAACUCCAACUGAUUUAAUUUCAUAUCGUCUUCCAUUAAUUCUUGGUAUGUUAAAAGCAAAUGAAAUGUUGCUAUUGGGAAAACCAUUAACAGCUAAAGAAGCUUAUGAUUUAAAGUUGUUUAAUGAGGUUGUCAAAAAAGAAAACCUUUGGAAAUCUGUUAUUAAAGUAGUAAAUCAAUUUAAUAAAGCAAAAAUUGAAGAUAUAAUAGCUGUGAAAAAAAUGAUAAGAUACAAUGAGAGACAAAUAAUUCAAGAUUGGAGUAAUAGAGAAAUUGAAAGUUUUGUGGAAGGUUUAUGUAAACCGGAAUUUUAUGAAUCUAUUUCUAAAUACAAAAAAUCUUAA